AAUUCCGAUACCUUGUUCAUGGCAUCAAAAAUGUCUGCUAUUGCCACCACCUUCCUCCUCCUCCUCCUCCUCCUCCUAUUAGCGGUGGGUACCACCAGAUCCACCAUCUCUAGCACCCAAGAGCAGGAGGCUUUGCGUAGGGCUAGAGCUAUGGUUCUCCAUGCUUCUAAUUGGGUCCAUCAAGCCUCACUUACCCUCCAUGGGUUGGACUCGGGCCAUACCCUUAAUGGUGGCAAUAGUUUAGCACCAAGUGACUGUGCCAAGUUGUAUAAUGAGAGUGAGUAUAGGCUCUCGCUUCUACUCUCCGGUGAAGGCUACAACAUUGACGACGCUCGCACUUGGUUAAGCGCCGUGCUCGCCAACCAUAGGACUUGUUUGGAUGGAUUGAAUGAGAAAGGGUUUGUUAGAGCUAAUAAUGCAGUUUCCCAUAACUUAACAGUGUUUCUUAGUGAAGCCCUGGCCCUCUAUAGGAAGGGUAAGGGUACAAAGCAAGGGAUACCAAAACGACCGACAAUCGACCAAAACGGUGGGAUUUUGGUGUCAUGGAGUCCGGCAACAUCCAGGGCAGACUUUGUGGUUGCGAAAGAUGGUUCCGGCACCCACAGAACAAUAAAUGAGGCAGUGGCUGCAGCUGCAAGAACGGACAACAGCCAUCUCGGAAGAGUAAUCAUCUACGUGAAGGCAGGGGUUUACAAUGAGAACGUGGAAAUUGAAAGGAAUGCGAAAAACAUAAUGAUGGUUGGUGAUGGCAUGGACAGAACAAUCGUCACCGGUAACCAGAAUGUCCCUGGUGGCACCACCACCUACAGCUCCGCAACAUUUGGAGUUUCCGGUGAUGGUUUCUGGGCGAGAGACAUGACGUUCGAGAACACUGCCGCUUCAGGGGUUAUCAGGACACCCUGUUCGUUCACUCGCUCAGGCAAUUCUACCGUGACUGCAAAAUCUACGGCACCAUCGAUUUCAUAUUCGGUGACGCGCCGGCCGUCUUCCAGAACUGCGAUAUUUUCGUCAGGAAACCCAUGAGCCUCCAAGCCAACAUAAUAACUGCACAGGGCAGGG